UUUUAGUUGUUUUUUUAUGUGAUUUAUAGGUAUAAUUGGCCAGGUUAUAUAUUUGAACACAUUUGCACAAGUUGUGUUUGAAGUAGGAGCUGAAAGACAUUCCCAAAAUUUGUAACCAUGGCUGAUACCUUGUCUUCUAAAAUGGGUCAUGAAAAGUCUGAUAUAGACAACUCUGAGGAUGAGAGGAAAACAAGGCUUGGGUCACUUAAGAAAAAGGCAAUCAAUGCCUCAAGCAAGUUCAGACAUUCCAUUAAAAAGAAAUCCAGGAGACAUAGCAGAGUUAUGUCCAUCGUUAGCAUAGAAGACAACCUCGAUGCCGAAGAGUUACAAGCUGUCGAUGCAUUCCGCCAAGCACUCGUCUUAGAUGAACUAUUACCCGCCAAACAUGAUGAUCAUCAUAUGAUGCUAAGGUUUCUAAGGGCAAGGAAAUUCGAAAUCGAGAAAGCAAAGCAAAUGUGGGCUGAUAUGCUUCAAUGGAGGAAAGAAUUCGGAGCCGACAUGAUCAUGGAGGAAUUUGAAUUCAAGGAAUAUGAUGAGGUGGUUAAGUGCUAUCCACAAGGAUAUCAUGGAGUCGAUAAAGACGGACGACCUGUUUAUAUUGAAAGACUUGGUCAAGUCGAUGCUAAUAAGCUGACUCAAGUAACAACAAUCGACCGUUAUUUAAAGUACCACGUAAAAGAGUUCGAGAAGACCUUUGCCAUUAAAUUCCCUGCUGCAUCAAUUGUAGCCAAAAAACACAUUGAUCAAAGCACAACCAUAUUGGAUGUUGAAGGAGUGGUACGUAAGAUUUUGUUGCUCGGUUUUUUCGAAUCCUGCUUCUUUUGCAGUGUUCUAAUACGCCGUAAACAAACUUUGCAGGGGCUUAAAAGCUUCAACAAGGCUGCACGGGAUCUCCUUCAACGACUUCAAAAGAUCGAUGGUGACAAUUAUCCCGAGACUCUGAACCGGAUGUUUAUCAUCAAUGCCGGCUCGGGAUUUAGGCUCUUAUGGGGCACGGUUAAAUCUUUCCUCGACCCGAAGACCACUGCAAAAAUCCAUGUUUUGGGUAACAAAUACCAGAGCAAAUUGCUUGAAGUAAUUGAUGCUAAUGAACUACCGGAGUUUUUGGGUGGUAAUUGUACUUGUUCCAACAAAGGUGGUUGCAUGUUGUCCGAUAAGGGUCCAUGGAAUGAUCUCGAAAUAUUGAAGAGGGUUCAAAAUGGUGAGGCCAAGUGCAUGAGGAGGAACACGUCUGGGGUCGACGACAAAGCAUGCCUAGAGAUGAGUCACUCAUUCAACGUGGAAACAGCUACAGGCACGGGUGAAAGGAUUGCCGAAAACACACCUUUAUCACCUGUUGCCGAAUCUCCGAUUAAGAACGAGUCCCGGGAUACCUUUACUUAUGACAAAGUUAUUCCGAUGGUUGACAAGGGUAUUGAUGCUUGCUGGCCUAAAUUGAUGGCAGAUGAAAGUUUUGCCAUAUUGAAAGAUAGUUACCAUAUGAAGGAUGAUGGGAAGGUUGUUACUACAGGAAUGGGCAACAAUGUUUUCGGAGGAAUCAUGGCAUUAGUUAUGGGAAUCAUGACUAUGCUUCGCCUGUCCCGCAACAUGCCGAGGAAAUUAGCCGAACCAACUAUGUACAGUGGUGGUCAAGUUUACUAUGCUAACCCGAUGAUCUCGGGUAAUGCCCCUCCGUUAGCACCACCAAUCACUUACGCUGAUUACUAUUCCAUGAUGGAACGUAUGGCUGACUUGGAAUCCAAGGUAAGUGUUCUUAUGGGGCAGCCGGCAACUAUGCCGCCCGAGAAAGAGGAGUUGUUGAAUGCUGCUUUAAGCAGGGUUUGUACCCUUGAAGAAGAGAUAUCUGCAGCUAAGAAGGCAUUUGAGGAAGCUCGUGAUAAACAACAGGAACUUCAGACCUACAUUGACAAGAAAAACAAAAAGAAAAAGAGAUUUAACCCAUUCCGCUGGUAAAAACUGUAACCGAUCCGAAGAUGUCGGUGGCGUGGUUAUAUAUUCAGCCCCACAGAUGAAUAUAUAUUCCUUACUAUUAGUAAAUUAUUCAGUUUCCAUGACUACAAAACCUUGGGAGUUUGGUAUUUUGAUUAAAUUGUUGAGUAUAUGUAUAUGUAUAUGUUUUUUCAACAGUUAUUUUGCCUCAAAAUUUAGAGAAAAUUGUUGUCUUGGUCAAAGUCCUAGUUGUAAUGUGCAAAAGUUUUAUAUACAUAUAUGCAUAUGUAUAUGCAUAUAUGCAUAUUCUAUAUUUAUGGUAAUAAGAGUGAAGAAAAGAACAGGAAAUAUUUAUAACCUAACACCAGCAAUGUUUGCCAUGAAAGGUUCUCUGUAAAUAUAAGUUUCUUCACUUUAGGUAAGUAGAUUUCAAAUCAUUUAUAUUGAAUUUAGACCAUUCGAGUUUGAAGCAAAUAUUUUUAAGUUGCUAUUACACAAUUCAAACCAUUUUCGAUUCUGGUCACUUCAAACUCCAAUCAUUUUGGAUUCAAGUUAGGUUUUGAUAAAUUCUAUUUCAGGUUAUACGAAUUAAUAUUUUUAAUUUUUUAUGAUCAAAUCAAAUUGAGGAUAUAGGCCAAAAUUCUGGGUUAAAACCAAGUUACCAUGCCUAAAGCCAGUAGGCAAUUCGAAGCUUAGUUCGAAAAUUGUGAUAUCAAAGUUUUAUAUAACUCAGCAAACCAAACUUUUCGACAACAAAGUCCCAAAGCAUCAUACGAAACAACCUUAAUAUUUAAGAAGUGCAGCAAAUCAAACAUUAAACUGAAAAAAAAAAGAAGGGAA